UUCUCGCGCCAGAACAUAGCGCAUGCGCGGGGCCAGCAGCGCUCAACUUAGCCCCGCGAUAUCGCCUCUUGUUCCUCCUUCGGUCCGGCCCUCCUUGGGUACCUUUCCGGGCCCCGAGGCCAGUUCUGGACUGGCCAGUGCUCGCUUUCUCCUCUCUCCUGCGGUCCUGGCCCCCUAAACGCUAUUUGCAGGCCGGUAGCGGAACCUGUCGCCCGCUCGCCCCUUACUUCCCCUUCGCGGCAGAGAGCGCGCCUGGCUGCACCCCAGGAGCCAAUCAGCACCCGCUUGAGGUGACCAUGUCUGAGUCUGGGCACAGUCAGCCUGGGCUCUAUGGGAUGGAGCGGCGGCGACGGUGGAAGGAGCCUGGCCCUGGCGGCCCCCAGAAUCUCUCUGGGCCUGGAGGUCGGGAAAGGGACUACAUUGCACCGUGGGAGAGGGAGAGACGGGAUGGCAGUGAAGAGACGGGCACUUCCGUUAUGCAGAAAACCCCCAUCAUCCUCUCAAAACCUCCUGCAGAGCGGUCAAAGCAGCCACCACCUCCAACCCCUGUGCCUGCUGCCCCGCCUGCCCCAGCCCCUUUGGAGAAGCCCAUCGUCCUCAUGAAGCCACGGGAGGAGGGGAAGGGGCCUGCAGCCUCAACAGGCGCCUCUACCCCUGAGGGCACUGCCCCACCACCCCCUGCCGCCCCCGCACCACCCAAGGGGGAGAAGGAAGGGCAGAGGCCCACCCAGCCUGUGUACCAGAUCCAGAACCGGGGCAUGGGCACUGCCGCACCAACAGCCGUGGACCCUGUCGUGGGCCAGGCCAAACUGCUGCCCCCGGAGCGCAUGAAGCACAGCAUCAAGUUGGUGGAUGACCAGAUGAAUUGGUGCGACAGUGCCAUUGAGUACCUGUUGGAUCAGACCGACGUGUUGGUGGUUGGUGUCCUGGGCCUCCAGGGGACGGGCAAGUCCAUGGUCAUGUCGUUGCUGUCAGCGAACACCCCAGAAGAGGACCAGAGGGCGUAUGUUUUCCGGGCCCAGAGCGCUGAAAUGAAGGAACGAGGAGGCAACCAGACGAGUGGUAUCGACUUCUUUAUUACCCAAGAGCGGAUCGUUUUCCUGGACACACAGCCCAUCCUGAGCCCAUCCAUCUUGGACCAUCUCAUCAACAACGACCGCAAACUGCCUCCAGAGUACAACCUUCCCCACACCUACGUUGAGAUGCAGUCUCUCCAGAUUGCUGCCUUCCUCUUCACAGUCUGCCAUGUGGUAAUCGUCGUCCAGGACUGGUUCACGGACCUCAGUCUGUACAGGUUCCUCCAGACGGCAGAGAUGGUGAAGCCCUCCACCCCGUCCCCCAGCCACGAGUCCAGCAGCGCCUCAGGCUCUGAUGAAGGCACUGAGUACUACCCCCACCUGGUCUUCCUGCAGAACAAAGCUCGCCGAGAGGACUUCUGUCCCCGGAAGCUGCGGCAGAUGCACCUGAUGAUCGACCAGCUCAUGGCUCACUCCCACCUGCGUUACAAGGGUACUCUGUCCAUGUUACAGUGCAACGUCUUCCCAGGGCUCCCGCCCGACUUCCUGGACUCUGAGGUCAACCUGUUCCUGGUGCCCUUCAUGGACAGCGAAGCAGAGAGUGAAAACCCACCGAGAGCAGGACCCGGCUCUAGCCCACUCUUCUCCCUCCUGCCCGGGUACCGUGGCCACCCCAGUUUCCAGUCCCUGGUGAGCAAGCUCCGGAGCCAAGUGAUGUCCAUGGCCCGGCCACAGCUGUCACACACGAUCCUCACCGAGAAGAACUGGUUCCAUUACGCUGCCCGGAUCUGGGAUGGGGUGAAAAAGUCCUCUGCCCUGGCAGAGUACAGCCGCCUGCUGGCCUGAGGCCAAGGGGAGCAAUGCCAUGCAGCGACCCCCUCCUGGGUCCCCGUGGACGGAGAGGGAGCACACACGGCCCCCUCCCGGCAGGUGGAGAGUGACAGCCGGUCUGAUGACGGGGGACCACGAUUGCCUCCCCCAGAGCCGUGAGGUGUCCAGGGCCAGGCCCCUCCCCAGGGGAGGGUCGUCCAGGUGGUGACUUGAAGAGACCCUGCCCCCCACCUGGGAUGGGGCGGCCCGUCCAAGUCCCCACGGGCAGGCGGUGGGAAGAGUGAGUGGUCAUCCCGGGAAGCCACACUCCAUCGCAACUCCCUCUGCAAGGACGGGGACCACAGGUCCUUCUUCCUUGACUCCGAGUCCUUCCCUGUAAGGUGAGGCAGGGUCUGGAGGGCUCUUUCUUGGGGCACAUUUGGUGGUUGAAAUAAAUGUUAUGCA